CUAACAGCCUUAGCAAUUGACAUAAAAACAUGAUAUGUAUUUGAACUGUUUUUUUUUAAGUUCACAGAUAGAAUGAAUUUUUUAGUGUACAUAAUAUUUUUAUAUAUAAGUAGUGUAAAAUAUAGUGUAGGUAUAAAAAACGGACUAGGAUGUAGAGAUAAUGAAAAUAGGUUUGUUGAUUGGUAUGUGUUGUAUAAAAUUCCAAAAUUAUCACAUAGCAGUAAUCCUUUAAUAAGAAAUGGAUCUGCUUACAUGUAUAUAACAAGUGAUACUGUACACAAGGAAUGGGAUUUAUCUAUCAAAGAUAUAGGAGAUAAAACUUCUAUACCAGGAAAUACAUUAGCUUCAUUGUACAAUGAUAAUAUAGCUGAAAAUUUAUUAUGGAUUUUGUAUAAUGAUGAUCCACCAAAUAGUACAGUAGUUGGAAAGUAUGGUCAUGCAAAAGGUAUAGUAGCAGCUGAUCAUAAUCAAGGAUUCUGGAUGAUACACAGUGUUCCAAAUUUUCCACCAAUACCUAACAAAGGCAUAAGUCCACAACAUAAAAUUACAGAUGAUAGAUUGACAGUAGAUAGUCUUUCAUCUAAUUCUAAAUAUAGUUAUCCAACAUCAGGACAUGUUCGUGGACAAAGUUUUUUAUGCAUUUCUUUUAAAGCUAAUCAGUUGGAUAUAGUUGGUCGUCAAUUAAUUUACAGUCAAAUUAUAGUUUAUAGAAAGAAUCUUCCAAAGGAAUUAAGCAGUCAAUAUCCUACUCUCACGGAUGCUGCUAAUCAGAUUCGUAUUAAAAAUCCUCCAUACAGUAAUAAGGAGGUAAUAAAGUCGUCAGCUUCAUUGGAAUUUGUCUCUUUUGCUAAAUCUGAUAAAUGGCAAAAAGAUCUCUACAGCGACCUCGUAGCUCCGCAAUUAAGGAGCAACUUAUUUGUAGAAUCAUAUUUAAAUGGACCAGGUAAAUUAAACUCCAACUGCCAUGGUUUAGAGGUGCAUAAUAUUAAAUCAGUGAAACUACAAGCAGCAAAUAUUCAGUUUACAAGUACACAGGAUCAUUCUAAAUGGGUUGUAACAAUGGAUAAUAAAAAAAAUAAGUCUUGGGUUUGCAUUGGGGACAUCAACAGGGCUAAUACUCAGUACAAUCGUGGCGGUGGCACGGUUUGUUUGAAUUUGUUUUAUCUUUGGAAGAAUUAUCGUGACUCUAUUAAUGAUGUAGAGCCGUGUCCUAAACGCAGUAUAUUUAAAAAAAUUAGCUCUUGGUUUGGAUGACUUGGAAGUAUCGCAUAUUAUAUUUUUAAUAAAAUAUUAACAUCAAUAACACUGCUACUCGUACACUUAUUAGAUCAUGGUUAAACUCCAGCGGUAACUCAUAUGGUAAAGGAGAUUUCUAACGGACAAAAAUCAAUUUUUUGUAUAACACUUAGUUUAGAAUUAGUUUGAAAGAUAAAUAUGAUUAUACGAUAUAAUAAAACAUUAACAUCAUGGAAACAAAA